AUGAGAGGGUUUUCGUGCUUUGAUGUUGAUUGUCUAAAAUGGUAUUCGUCGUUAGAUGGAAUUUACAGACACCACUGUUACUGGUAUAAAAGGUCAACAAAUUUAAUAAAUGCCUUUGAAGCUAACAGGCUUUGUGCUGAAAAUGGUCAUGGAUUGGCACCAUACAUAGACAUAGAACAGUACAAUUUUAUGGAAGAAUUAAGACCUAGUGACGCAGGGGAGACAUUUAUUGGCGUGAUGGACGUAGCUGAAGAAGACACUUGGACCCAUUUAGACGGGUCAAGCAUAACAAACAACGAUUUUUGGUCGACCUUUUGGGUUGAAGCAGACCUGCGUUACCAGCAGCCGAACGGAGGAUCGGACCAAAACUGUGCUGCGAUAAACAGUAAAAGCUAUAAUGUUCAAAAUAAAACUCAGGAUAAGUCAUGCACAAACAUAUUUCUGGAUGAAAUGUUAUGUUAUAAAAAAGAAGAAAAUUGUUUAAAAUGGAACUCCACCGCUGAUCAACAAUACAGAGAACACUGUUAUUGGUUUACAAGUAAGCCUUCAUCAUUGACGUCAUGGACAAUUGUUGAUGCCAUGAAUCAGUGUCGCAACAACGGUGGCUACCUUGCACCAAUUAUAGACAACCAAAAUUAUAAAUUUAUCAUGAAUGACGUUUUGAGUACAGUAUUUUUAAUAAAAAGUACCCAAGUUUGGCUUGGUACCCAUUCUAUAACAGGCUCUCCAUCCAACUGGAAUAAUGAUCCAUCGUUCGUUACAUCGCUAUUACAGAGCUCUUAUAGUGAGAAAUGUGUUGUUAUUAAUUCAAAUCUAAUUCAGUCAUGGAUACCAUGUAAAACAAACAGUAGUGCCUUGACCGGAGCAGUAUGCUUCAAGCAUGAAUCAUGUGGAUUAGAUAUGAAUCCAACAACAGUAGAAAAAUUAAGACGUGUCCUGUUAAUUGACCCUGACGAUACAAACGCGUAUAAAUUGACGAAGAUCAGUGUAUACGAAGAUAGACCGACGGCGAAGGCUAUAGGUUAUGUAGGAGUUGUCGUUCUUAUUGCUGUUGUCGUACUUAUUGUGUUGUUAGAUUGUCAACGAACAGAACAAAGUAUUUCUAAAAACAAAACAAGUUAA